AUCUCAAUAAAACAUAGAAUAUUGUUAUCAUUCCCUUCACCCUUAGAAACAAUAACAUAUUAACAUAUAUAUCAUGGCUGAACACCACCACCACCACCACCUCUUCCACCACCACAAGGAGGAUGAACAGCUAGUGGAUGCCGCCGGGGCCGGAUUUGAUUACAGAAAGGAAGAAAAGCACCACAAGCACCUUGAACAACUUGGUGAAAUGGGAGCUAUAGCUGCUGGUGCUUAUGCUUUGCAUGAGAAGCAUAAGGCAAAGAAAGAUCCGGAGCAUGCCCACAAACACAAGAUAGAGGAGGAGAUAGCGGCGGCAGCUGCCGUCGGUGCGGGAGGAUUUGCCUUUCAUGAACACCAUCAGAAGAAAGAGGCAAAGAAAGAGUAUGAGGAGACUUAUGGAAAGAAGCAUCAUCAUCUCUUUUGGUGUGAAUAUGUCUGUGUUUGUGUUAAGCUUUCAUAAUUUUAAUAAAAAAUAAUAAUAUGUGUUUGUAAUUAUUGACUUUGACGUCUCUACAUAUAUAUAAAUGAAGUAAAAAAUAAUGCUAUG